AUGACUUCAGUUACACGUACCCAAGCCUCUGCAGCGCGGCGGAGUUUCUGGCAUCUUAUCGGUGUUGGUACUCUCUGCGCAGGCACAACCGCUGGUGGUGGUGUACUGCUGUAUUAUCGCUUUGUCUGGCUGCCGGAACAACGCCGGAUUACGCACCAACAGCAAAUGUUAAAAAUUCGACCACCGGUGCGCCGCACAAGUCCAUACAUCGCUGGUGGAAAUAAUACACUAUUAAUAGAUGAAUCGCUGCUGAAUAUGCCGAGAAUUCUCUUUUAUGGUUUAGUGCUUGUACGUAUGUUUAUGCUGGCACUUCAUGCGGUGCCGGUGUUAUGGUAUGCCUUUCUCACCUAUGGGCUUCACUUGUGUGAGGAGCGUAUUCUAUUUGAUAAGGUGCGGGAUGCUCUUACCAAUAUGGGUCCAAGUUAUAUUAAGUUUGGACAGUGGAUGGCUUCUCGACCAGACUUUUUUCCCCCAACGUUGUGUGAUUCAUUAGAGAAAUUGUAUGAUGAUACCCCACCGCAUCGUUGGUCCCAUACAGAGAAGAUUCUACGCCGUACAUUCCGUGAGAUGGAUACUCCUGAAAUGAUUGGAAAUUCUGGAGAAACUGCAGGAAAGGUGACGACGACGAUGAUGAAGAAGAUGACAUCUGAUUCGGAUACAAAAGGAACAGGAUCAGAAGUGGAAACAUCAUUGAUUCCUCAUCGUAAACAAGAAGAAAAAGAAAAAAAGCAAAAUGCACUGCAUUAUUUACAUGAGAUUGAGAAAUUGCCUGUUAAUAGUGGCAGUAUUGCGCAGGUUCACCGAGGGGUAUUACGUGAGGAUGUGGAUGGUAUUCCUGCCGGUACAGAAGUGGCUAUUAAAGUCACACACCCACGCAUUCGUGAGUGUGUUGCUGCCGACUUGAUUGCCAUGCAUUGGUUUGUUAAUCUUCUCACAUUUUUAGUUCCUAGUGCGGCAUAUUUUGAUCUACACACCAGUUUGUAUGAAUUUUCAUCAUUAAUUCGCUCACAAUUAAAUCUAAGACAGGAAUGUGAUAAUUUACUGCAGUUUAUUUAUAAUUUCCGUGACUUCCCUGGUGUGAUAUUUCCUAAACCACUUCCCUCCCUCUGUACAGAGGAUGUACUUAUUGAGACAUUUGAGGAAGGUCGUCCCUUGCAGGAACUUAAAAGCAGUGAUGAAUUGUAUGAUGUUGCUGAACGUGGAUGUCAUAUGUUUCUUAAAAUGCUUUUUGAAGAUAACUUUGUACAUUCUGAUUUACAUCCUGGUAAUCUUCUACUACGCACGAAUCCCGGCGCACCACUCUACGCCUCUCCGUUAUCCACAGGAGGAGGAAUUCAUAAUAAUGAUAAUAAUAAUAAUAAUAGUGGUGCUGGUGUAUAUCCUGAUGGAAAGGUGAAGUUACGGCAUGAGUUGAUUGUACUGGAUGCGGGUCUUGUUACCACACUUUCUAAGGAGGAGCGAAAUAACUUUAUUUCACUCUUUGCCGCAGUGGCCUGCGGUGAUGGUGAUCUAGCUGCAGAUCUCAUGUUGGACCGCAUGCCACAAUACAAUACUACCGGCCGUCGUAGGAGUAAUAAUAAUAAUAAUAAUAAUAAUAAUAAUAAUAAUAAUAGUGGUAGUGGUAGUCGACGUCCUGAAGUAGAUCGUAUAAAGUUCCGUCAUGAUAUGAAUGAAAUAUUUAGUCUUGUCGCACCAGGUAACUCUAAUGGGUUUACAUUAAGUAAUAUUCGUAUUGGACCAGUGCUUGCACAGAUCUUAAAUACAUUACGUGAGAAUCGAGCGACGAUUGAUGGAAACUUUGCCUCUCUGGUACUUACCGUUAUGGUUGGAGAAGGACUUGGUAGGCGAUUAACACCGAAUUUCAAUAUCUUUGCAGAGGCCGCCCCAUACUUGGUGGCUCUCUUGGAGGAUGGAGAGUUGUACUUUCUCGCCUCUAAGCUGCGAGAGACGUAUGGAACCACAACACUAUUGCGGGAUUCGUUGGGAUUAGUGCGGCGUGAUCGUGCGGUGACGUAUUUUGAAAUCGGAACGAAGAAAGUAACAAAGGUGAUCAGUCGGUUGCGGGAUGCAUUGACGGGCUCAACAACAUCAACAACAAUAAUACCAGAAGUUGUUGAUGUUAAUGUUAAUGCUAAAGUAGGUGACAAUUUGGCGAAUGGAACUUGA